AUGGGAAAGUCCGCAAAGAUCAGUAAAGUUUCUCGCACAGGGCGUUUACCGUUUAAGCAGAAAAGGCUUAAACGGGAGCUGUUGAAGCGUCGAGCCCAAAAUCAGGACACGAAGGAGCCAGACUUGUGGAGUACUACCGACGAGCUGACGCAUCUGCGUGCGUGGCGGCAACGGAAAAAACAACGCGCACUAGAUGUGAAAGAAGCGGCACCCACUACUUCAGAUGCAAACGCAGGAUCAAAGAAAUCGGAAGAGAGCUGGGUUUCGUCUGACUAG